UCAGCACCCGGAGAAUCGCACUCCAGAGUUGAUCGGGGUCGAUUUCCACAAAAGCAGGCCUCGGAUAAAUCAGCUCGACCUUUCGAUCAAAACAUAGUUCAAUUCCACCGCUUAAUCAUCAUCGAACGAAGAGUAAUGAUCAUGACAGUAAAAAAAAUGCAACAAAGGCAUUCUUCGCGAAUGAACAAUAAUGUCAGCAAUUGAAUGUGUCUGCCAUCGCCACCAGAAGACCAUUCCCACUGACCCCCACUGCUGUCGAUUUUAUUUUCAAAAUGAUCUUGGCAAUGGGAGGGACGAUCGAAUCGAGGGAAUGAUCGAUCGUCGCCUUGAACGAUGAACAUUUGAGUGGAAGAAUAAGGGGCACUGGAGUCUGAUUAGGGACUGAAUGACUGAAAAAAUGCCCUAUUGGUACUACGAAAAAGAGGAAUUGCAACACACACCCUCGAUCCAGGAUGGAAUUGACUACAUGACAGAGUCUCGAUACAGAAAGGAAGGUGCAAAAUUUAUUUUCGAUGUCGGCACGAACCUGGGGCUUGGGUACAACACAAUGGCAACUGGAGUCAUGUAUUUCCACAGAUUCUACAUGUUCCAUUCGUUCAAGGAAUUUCCUCGCUAUGUGACAGCCUCUGCGUGCAUAUUUCUGGCUGGAAAAGUCGAGGAGACACCCAAGAUGUUCGAGGAUAUCAUAAAGACAGCCAGGACACUGCUGGAUAAGAAGGAGUUGAGGAAGUUUGGGAGAAAUCCUAGGACGGAGAUGAUGACGAUCGAGAGAAUUCUGCUUCAUACCAUCAAGUUUGAUCUACUGGUGGACCAUCCCAAUAAUUAUGUUCCGAAAUAUGCCAAGUGCCUCAGGGGUAGCAAAAAGAGGAUUGGAAACAUAGUUCAGUCGGCCUGGAACUUUGCACGUGACAGUCUCUACACAACACUGGCCCUCCAGUGGGAGCCCGAAAUAAUCGCAAUUGCGUUUAUGUACCUGGCCGGAAAACUGGGAAAAUUCACUCUUGUGGAUGGUAAGGGGCGUCUCAGGUGGUGGGAUGCCUACGUGGAGGAUGUAUCCGUGGAUUUGCUAGAAGGAAUUUGUCACCAGCUUCUCGACUCUUACGAUCAGCCAACGACAGGCAACGAAAAAUCCCCUGUCGCCGAUAAAUCAUCGGAUUCGCCAAAUAAUUCAGGUGAAAAUGGUGAAGUUAUUCCGAGUAUCGAGGCUGUACCAGACACUCCAACAGGUGUAACCACAUCCCCACGAGCUCUGAAGGACGCCCCAAACCCCCCAGAUCCCCAGAAGUCCCCACCGAAAUCAGGGGACAUCCCUCAGUUCUUCCCAGCAAUCAUUCCACCAGUAGAUUUUUCAGUGCCACCUCCACCCCUGCCUCCAGCAGUCCUCGAGCAUCUUGCAAGGUGCAGAGCGAGACCUGAGCGACCGAAGAUUCAUUCAAUUCAGCCCUUCGCGCCGUACGUGGCACCACCUCGAGCCCUGUUGAACCCUAUUUGCUUCGUAACUGCUUCGCAAUCAUCUCCAGCUGUGCCACAGUCAAUCGUGGACACUUCACAUUAUCCUAGACGUUGACAUCAACAUCUUCAGAGGGCUGAAGAUUGUAAUGGCUAUAUUAUUAAGGGAGUAAUAAAGGAAAGUGUAUUUGCAAUUGGGUAAUUCCUCAAUUUUCUUCUGUUCAGGGAUAGCCUAUGAUAAUUAUUAGUUAAUAUCACUUUUAAAUUUAAAUUAGGCCCGGUUGCACCAGCUCCGGGUAACUAC